AUAUUCUUAAAGAUUGAUUUACCGUUAAUCCCCCAACGACGCCCCCAAAAUGGCGGAUCAUAAGUAUAGGCUCUUCAAUGCGGUCGAUCCGAGCACAGUAAAAGUUCCCUUCAAUCAAAAGUUCGCCAAUUUGACGCUAUCCUCCCAAAAAAAACGACAGCAGGUGUCCCAUGUACCGAAGGAUCAGCCAGAAAAGAGGAAUUCUCAGGAAAUAAGAAAACUGCAAGCAGAUCCCAUGCGCGAAAAUGUGGGUGCUCCGUCCUGCGGGGCAGAUACGGAGGACGUGUGUACGCAACUCGACAACUCCGAUUACAUGGAAGCCUUGCAGUUGAGCGCCGAUGGCUGCAGCCAGGAUGUGGCCCAUGUGGGCGACGUAGAGCUCCUGUCCGCCGGCAUCAGCAAUUUGAAUGUGCAGCCCAUCAAUCAAGAGCACUCGACCAAGCCGGAGAUCUCCAUUUGCAUUUCCUCCACAACGGAAGAGAACAUAUCCGGCGGCGACGACGACGACGCCGCCUCCUGCAUUACCAUAUCCGAUUCUAGCGAGGAUGAGGAAGAACCCUUGCCGCCCGAUAGCAUGGCAGUGAGCGAACGGGAAAGUGUGCCUAAUCCCGGACAGGAAGACAUACCACCGCCCAUGCUCACAACCGAGAAAGUGCAGCGCAUCGAGGCUUUUCUGCGCGAUGUGUCGAUCGAGCGACGCGAGAUGGAGUGGAAUGGCCCAUUGACACCAUCCCCCCUCUCAUCUAGCAAGCGGCAAUCCCGUCUAGCUGAGGCGGAAACCGAAUCCAUGUCGCCCACCGACGAGGACUGGCAGCCACCCGUUACCAGGCCGAUUUCCAACAGCACACGAUUAGCGAACAACGAUACGCAGGUGAAUACCAUCUGCUCAGCAGAUGCCACUCGAUUGGAUAGCAGCAAGCGGCUGGCAGACGACGAAACGGAGGCGAAUACUCUCGGAUCGGAGGAUCUUGAGCCCACAGACAGCAGCAAGCGUUUAGCAGACAAUGACACCGAACUGAACACCCUGUGUUCUGAUAGCUCUGGGACUCAUGACUCCACUAUCCACGACAAUGACAAUGACGAUGAGCCCGUUCCUGAUGAAUCCAUUGAAAUACCGGAAACUAGCAGCGAGGGCGAACCAACGCCGCAAAGGGCUAGCUCUGGUUCCUCGACAUCGGGAGGGGACAAACACGGUUCAAUUCAAGUCAGCAGUAUUAAUAUUUCAGCGAAGAUCAACAUUAAAAUCAGCAUUCCCACUAUGGAGUCUAGUUCGGCGGAGGACGAGGAUGAGCAUUUCUCUCCGCCCAGGGCCACGAAGUCCCUGCCCAGCUCGGAGAAGGUGCUGCACCAAGAGCACCAUCAGCAGGAGCCCCAGAAAGCAGUCCACCAAAAAUCCAUGCUGUCUGUGGAUGAUGCUUCCGAGGAUGAGCAGUUUCUCACCCACGCAGAAAAACUGCUCAAUCAAUUGUACGGCAAGUCUUGGCAAACACCAGAUGUGAUACGCACUCUCAAGCGUUCCAGUGGUAGUGGUGGGAAGAAGGCUCCCCUGAGGCCCAGGAAUAUUCAAGCAACAGCGGUAACCACUGCUAAAAAGAAGAAGCCCAGGCCAGACGAAAGUGUUCUCGGGGACUUCAGCAUAUUUACCAAAGCCCUGCGCACAAAUCAGACACCUUUAAACUCGACUCGCCUGCCUGCCGUGCGCGCUGUCCAAACGGAGAGACGGCCGCGGCCCCAAAAGCCACUAACACGACCGCGCACCAAUCAUGUGGACGAGGAUCGCUGGCGCAAGCUCAUAGAUUCCGACAGCGGAACAGACGCCUCCGACGAUGAGGAUGCCGAUGCCACUUUCAGUGAAAGCGGUAGUGAUAGCGACAGUGCUUCAGGCAAGGAGAACAAGCAAAAGCGCGGCGACCUUACCUAUCUAGACUUGACUAAAGACGAGGUGGAGGUGAUCAGCAAUCCUGACCAGGACUCGCCAUCGCCAAAAUGUCACCGCCGCCUGGACGAUAUACUACGCUCCUGUCGCGCCAGCGUAAAGGCGAAACUUCCUGCCACGCCUGCGCCCCAGACAAACAUUCGUCGCCAACUUUUUACCCCUAACGCUGGAUUCGAAAACGAUAACCAAGCUAAGGAAAUAGUUGACAGGGCGUUGGACUUGGACAUGCUCGAUGAACUGGAGGGCGACUACCUUCCCGGCACUCCAGUCCACAGGCGAUUGCAGGAAGUAAAGAAGCAGCUUGGCAUGGGGCAGCAAGGUCAGCCAACGCCUGAGCAGAGCCCGAUUCUCAAGUUGCUUACGCCGAAAACGGCUCCGCCUAAGGGCACUGCUCCGCCAAAAACAACCGCCCCGCCAAAACCAACUGCCCCGCCAAAAUCCACUGCCCGCAAACCGAGGAAGCAGAAAGAACUCGCACCCAUUAGAACCGGCGGCAAGUGCGGCUUCCUGAAAUCCCUGGAAGGACAAGUGACCCGCGAUAGGGCGGACAACGAGGCCUUCUUCUAUCGGGAAAACUUCGCGAGGAAUAAGGAUCAGCUGGCCCAGCAUCUGUACAAGAUGUUUAAUGCUCAGGUGUUCAACAACGAGCUGGAUGUGCCCAUCACCUGGUCCAAAUUGCUGCGCAACACUGCCGGGCGGUGCAUGAACAAGCGCAAACUUAACCAGCGUAGCAGCGUGGUGGAACUGAGCGUCAAAGUGCUGACUACCGCGGACCGCCUGCGUUGCACCUUGAUACACGAACUUUGCCAUGCUGCGGCCUGGGUGUUCAAUGGCGAGGGUGGACACGGACGGGUGUGGAAGAUGUGGGCCCAAAGAGCCAACGAUAAGUGUCCCGAUCUACCUCAGAUUAAGGUUUGUCACAACUAUAGUAUUGACUUCAAGUAUACCUACAAGUGCCUAAGCUGCGACAAAGCUUCACAUGCUCAUUCCCGAUCCCGCAAGGUGGAGGAUUUGCGCUGCAGGAUCUGUCGGGGACCCAUCACACUGUUCCUGAACAAAAAGGACAAGCAGGGAAACACCGUAUCCACGCCGGCGGGCGAGGCUAAGGGAUUUGCUAAGUUCGUUAAGGACAACUUCCAGAAGCACAAGCGUGACAACAUGACCGCCGCUCAGGUGAUGCGCAUCCUAAGCGUGGAGUAUGCCAAGCAGAAGGGUCAGCCGGCGGAAGAGACAGCGGCGUCGAUCGCCAGCCGAGUAGAAACACUGACACUGGACGAAGAGUCCAACUAGCUGGAAACUAGCGACAAUUGGAUGUGUUCUCAUUUCAGUUUUUGCUUUCUCCUGUUGGUGGCGUUGUAAAUCAUUUUUUUAUAUCAUUGACAGUUUGAAAAACUUAAGUGAGAUCUCAGUUUAUGCGAAAUCCGUAUUUGUAUAUUUUGUUUAAUGUAUUAUAUUUUUUCUUAACCAAGAAACAUGGUUUCCAUUAAACUUUAACGAACAUUUGAAAGCCA